GAUAGACUCCGGUAUAAGUAAGUGGAAGCAUAAACACCUACCUACCUACCUACCUAUGUUAUGAGUAUUGAAUAUUAAUUCUUUUUAUUAUCAUAUAACUAAAUGAAUAUAAACAUUCACAGAGGUUAGCCCCGGGCUCGGGGGCGAUCACCCCUGUUUACUUCAUAAUCCCGACCCUCCUUUACCUCGUCAUGGGGUCUGAUAGGCCAGGAUGGGGCACACACAGCCUGCCUGGCGACAAACUCGGGAUCGUCUACCCAUUAUAAGCCCAUGUUCCUGCCAGGAGGCUAUACAUAUUUCCCAAUGCCCUCAACAUCACCUGUCAAACAUUUACUUCGGAGCUUCCAACGAACAAGCUUCACGAUGUCUACAUACGGUCUGUUCCAGGUACACGACUCGGGGGAGGCCAAGGUUGAUAUCGUGCUCUUACACGGGCUACGGGGUGACAUAGAGAAGACGUGGACUAAGGACGGCGUUAUAUGGCCGAAGGACUUAUUGCCCCUGGAUGUCCCCGAGAGCCGUAUCUUCCUCUUCGGCUACGAUACUAGCAUUGCCCAGAAAGACCUCACGCGGGUCGCAAACACAGAAAUCCAUAGCGAUGCUAACGAUCUCUGCUCUAAGCUUGUGGCUGAGCGCUCGAGCACCGGCACGGACAACCGCCCUAUCAUCUUCAUCGCCCACAGUCUCGGCGGCCUAGUCGCAGCCCAGGUCCUCGUCCACGGCGACCAGCGCGCCGAGGCAUCGAGCGCCGAGGCCAUCGCCAAGAACAUCCGGGGCAUGAUAUUCCUCGGGACGCCGUUCAGGGGGUCUCCCUCGGCGCGGAAAGCCGAAGCCGCUCGGCGGAUCCUGCAGGUCUUCGGGGUCAACACGCAAGAGCACACGUUGAAGCUCCUCGGCGUCGACUCCGAGCGCUUGGACGAGCUGACCAAGGCUUUCCCCGAGGUCCUUAAUAAGCGUCGGGCUUCUAAGAACCCCUCGGAUAGGAUCGAGGCGUUCUUUUUCUACGAGGUUUUGAAGACGAAGAUCGGGUUUGGCUCGACGCAGAUCGUCGAGCCCGAGUCCGCCCAGCUUCCAGGCUGUGGCGACGCAACCCCUAUCCGCGCCGACCACAUCGGCAUCUGCAAAUUCAAAACCCAGAAAGACGAGGGCUACGGCGUGGUCGUGGCCGCUAUCCGGAAGAUCAUGAUGCCUACCGGUGGCGAAUCCCAACAGGGAACCAAGAUCAUCAACAUCCUGGGCCGGGCUGUAAACGUCGCAGCUGACGACAUCAACAUCCAGAACCAGACGGUCAACUUCUAAAGAGGAUACACCGGGGGAGAUCUCAUGCAGGCUAGGUACCUAACCGAUCCAAGACCAGUGACAUGGAAUUUUCAAAAAAAAAAAAAAAAAAAAAAA